AUGCCGAGCGAGCUGGUAAACGAGGCGGCGGAGAUUCUGGGGAUCCUCGGACGUGACUGGCGGGAACUGGUGGCCGGGAGCGAAGGAUACCUGACCUCGCCUAAGAGAGCGGGCUUACACCGCCAGCGGAUCGUUUGGGGCGAACAAGACUCCAUGGGCCACGUCAACAACGUCAUGUACGUACGAUACGCGGAAAGUGGACGGUGUAAUUGGAUUCUGAACUACGGGGAACAUCCGGUGCUGGACGAAAAGGAGGAAAAGAAUGGUGGUGCUGUGGUGGAUUUGGAUCCGGCGCACAAGCGAGCCUGGAGAGAACUGUUGACGUCGCGAGGGAUCGGCCUGAUUCUCAAGAGCAUUACCGUCGACUUCAAGUUCCCCAUGACAUGGCCUGAUCGCAUCUCCGUCUACCAUAAGCUGCGGGCCCGGCCGGACGAGUCCAGCGAGUCGCUGGUGCUCGAUGUCCUGAUCAUGUCGGAACUGCGUCAGAGGCCGGCCGCUCGCUGUCUCGAGGACGUGGUCGUCUACGAUUACCGCGCGGCCAAAAAGACCACCCUUGAGCCGUUUAUGCUGCAGCAGCUGAGGAGGACGUUUGAUCUCCAGGAGAAGGCUAGACGUGAAAAUCAUGAUCGUAUCUGUCAGAUUGAUGGGCGUGUGAGACGGCUGGAACUUCAGACUUGGGAUAGACCUGAUGCAAAGGAGGACUUUGGAAGUGUGCGUUGA